UCAGAAGUGGGAUUUACCAGAAUCCAAGUUGAAUUUUGAUGGAAAMYAGAAGUAAAUCAMAGAAGGAAGACCCUGCAAUGGAGAACCCCAGUUUGAUUGCACUGCUCAUGCAGAUGAAAGACGAAAUGARCAACAACAGUAGGAAAAKGAUGGACGAAAUGAGCGACAACAGYAGGAAAUUGGACGAAAAAAUGGACAAAAUGAAKGACAMAUACAAAGAGAUGCUGAAUAAAAUGGACGACCUGAAAACAACCGUUGAAGGCAAACUAAAGAACAUCGAGGAAGUGACUGAUGAUGUGGAAAACACUGAAAUCGUGGACGUUCCUGCAGUAGUGGACGAGCCAGAAUAUAAAAAUCCAGCAGUUCAAGAGCCGAAAGUUGACCGAGAAGAUGGUAUUGUCGAGAUCACGAAUGAACAAUUUGAUAAUGUCCACCGCAGUUGUGGACGAAACGUCAGGAAGAAAUUCCCAUGGAAGGAUUAUCAAAACAUGGAACAUUAUCAAAGGCGAUGAGGCAGUGGGCGAAGU